AUGCUUUAAUCUACCAUUUAAUCUGGUUUAGUUGAAUAAGUUGAAAUUUAUCUUAGUUAUGAUUGCAAAUCUUCAGAAAAAUUAUAAUAUGAACCUUCUCUGUGGAUGAUUCCAUUAGCAAAUGUCUCUAUUUACUCCUUUACUAUUUUUAAAAGCACAAUAGUUGUUUAAUUUAACCUAGAAUUUCUGUGCUUAAAUCAGACUCUAGAAAUAAUUCAAGAAAUUUAAUGUUAUGAUACUUAAAUAAUAGAAUUAAUUAAUAAUUUAAUUGAUAAGCUGUUGACUUAUUUAAAGAUUUUUGAAUAAUUAAAUUUUGAAGAUAAAAUUGACAAUUAUUUUGAAUUCAUAACAAAUAAUAAGGAAAAAAUAAUGGAAUACUUUUAGACUUAAUUUCAUAAAGAUGUUUCAAAUUAACUCAGGAUUAAAAAAAAUAUGAAUGAAAUAAUUUAAACUGAAAAUUUUCCAACUUUAACAUUUAAUUAUGUUGAAUAUUAGAAAAACAAAAGUUAAUUAUUGAAUAGUUUAAUUGAAACUUAAUUUAUAGAUUAAACCCAAAACAUAAAUCUUGAUAAUUAUAUUACUUAAGAUUCUUCUUAAAAUAUUGCUAACCCUUAGAGAGAACAGAAUUUAUUUGAUUCAAAUUAAAUCACAUAAAAAGCUGAUGAUGAAAUUACUGAAAUCAAAUAAACUCAUCCAAAUAAAAUCUCUUAAGGAAAUCAAAAAAAUUAAGAAGAAAAAGACACAAACUUUGAAGAAAACAUAUAAUUAGAUUUAUACUAAAAAAAUGACUUUAAUAUAUUUAAUGAAUUGAAUUAGAUCCUUUAAGAAUUUUUGAAUUAAUAUAAUGAAUUGAAUUAGAUCCUUUAAACAUUUUUGAAAAUCCAUAACGUCCUAUCAGAAAUAAUUAGAUGAAGAUUCUAUAAGCUAGAAAAAUUAUAGAGCUCUUUUCAAAAAAGCAGACCAAGAUCUCAAGAAUUUUUGGAUGUUAUACCCAUAACAUAAAGUAAAUUGUAUGAAAGGCAAUAUAAUUGUUUUAGAUAUUGUACAAAAAGCAGAAAAUAUUAUAUCUUUUGGAGAAAUUCUAAUAGCUUUGACUUUUUUGAAAUAGAAAUUUGAGAUCAUUUUUUUAGGAUCCUCUAAAUCUAUAUUAUCAAAAGAUGAAAACAGAUAUAUUAAUGAAGAUAAAUUACAAAAGAUAUUACAUGCUAUGGGAGGGUAUCAAAAUAGUUCAUUCCCUUUUUAUAACAACACUGGCAGAUAAUAAUACAAUUAUAUCAUUUUAUUUGAUUUUAAAAAUAAAAUCUUAGAGUUGUCACAAAAAUGCAAAUCUGAAUUAUAUUAAGAAUGA